AUGGGGGUUCAGCUACCCCAAGAAGCCCUAGGCACUGCCGUCGGCGUGCUCUUUUUCUCGAUAAUAUGUUUGAUUUGUAGUUUGGUCAUGGUUUGGUUGCUUUGGGUACAUCACGAAAGAAGCUCGUUCAUUGGCUUCCAGUCAUAUUUCACACUGCUCAGUACUACAGCCAGCAUUAUCCAACAAAUACAUCAGAUGGGCUGGUGGAGCGAUAUAAAAACUGCCGAGUACAACCAGCAAAAAGCCGCCGAUGCUGCUUCAAGGUCUCCUAUUGGUUUAGAUCUUAUUGGCUUAGAUCUUGGGCUGUUCUGGAUUCAGUAUUACUCGUACAAUGUGGAGGCGCUGUUGACUCUUUUCUGGGCUGGCGCCCUCGCGCAUUCUAUCUACGGAUUCGCGGACAUUGCGAGCUUCAAGGCAAUCCGACACAAGACAAACGCCGCUGCGAAAGUCGUAGCGAUCGUGCUACCGGCUAUACUGAUAAGUCUGCUAUCCGUUGAUUCUGUAAAGAGUAAUGUUGUCGCAUUCCUAGUGCUUGCCAACAUCAACAUGUUACUGAGUCUUACUUUGGGAGCAAUCUUGUUGCUGGCUAUACUGGGAAGAUACAUUCACACUCGACGACAAUUCCUCUCUUGGAAUGUACCGUACGGCCAUUCGACAGGAACCGGCACUGGCGUUGGCAGUCAAUACCCAAGCCGUAGCGGCGCCACCACUCGUCGCCCUCGGAGCAUCUACGAUCGAUGGCUCAUGAUUCGCUUCUCAAUCACCUUCGUAAUGCUAGGGAUAUUCGAGCUUUUCCUCAUCCUAUUUCAGGUUUCCUCUGUCAGAAACAAUUUGACGGCUCAGGUUGCCGAGAGCCCAGAUCUCAGUGCGCCAAAGGCGAUCGCGGAUACGUUGACCUUCAUACCGGGCUGCUGCCCUAGCAUCCUUCUCUUUAUUGUUUUCGGGACCACGGGGCCGUUCCGCGCCUACAUGAGGAAGACUUUUCUGCCAAAACGUUUUCAUAAGGACACGACGCAGAUCGACCAGUCUCGGCCAACUCCGUCAUCCAGCCAGAUUCCCAAGACUCUCAAUCCAAGUGUGCAUACGGAGGAGGGACCGCCGACUCCCUCGGAGGACGGCUACAUCAUUACGUUACGCGAAAUCAACAUCCGAAAUUCUCACAUAAAGCCCGAUGACGAGUGGCCAAUAUUGACGACAACCACCCGGGUUAAUGGAGCCUCGGUCUGA